AUGUCGAAGCCAUUUAGUACGCUGCCCUCUACGGCGAGAGUAGAGCCUACCGCCUUCGAAGUCGCCAUCCCUAAGGGUCGGCUGACUGAGAUGGAGACUCUUAUUAGGCUGGCGAAGCUUGCCCCGCCUACAUAUGAGAACUCGCAAACGGAUUGUCGCUACGGGAUCACGACACACUGGCUGGUCACAAUGAGAGAGCUGUGGCUCCGCUCUUAUAAAUGGAAGACAUCCGAGGAUCGAAUCAAUAGUUUUCCUCAGUGGACGACGGAGAUUGAGGGGAUGACAAUUCACUUUGUUGGACUUUUCUCGGAAAAGAAGGACGCGAUUCCUAUUCUUUUAAUUCAUGGAUGGCCUGGAAGUUUCCUGGAGUUCCUCCCCAUCCUUGAGCUGUUCCAGAAAGAGUAUACACCGAGUACUUUGCCAUACCACCUGAUUGUUCCUUCACUACCGGGCUACACAUUUUCGUCUGGCCCUCCGCUAGAUAAGAACUUUUCUACUGCGGAUAUUUCUCGUAUCUUUGAUCAACUCAUGAAAGAUCUUGGCUUCGAAAGCGGUUAUGUGGCCCAGGGUGGUGACAUUGGGAGUCGAAUUGCCAGAUCCUUGGCAGUGGAUUAUGAAAGCUGCAAAGCCGUCCAUCUCAACGUAACAUUUAUGGGUCGCCCCGAUGGAAUGACUGAUGAUGCUCUAGAUUCCUAUGAAAGAGAAGGCAUCGAGCGAAUGAAUAAUUUCAGGACGAUGGGAAGUGGCUAUUCGACUGAGCAUGGCACUCGGCCCAGCACCAUCGGUCACGUUAUUUCAUCAAACCCUAUGGCCCUUCUGGCAUGGGUCGGCGAAAAGUUUCUCGAAUGGGUAGAUGAUCCAUUACCCCCGGAUCAUAUUCUUGAGUCAAUUACGCUUUACUGGCUUACCGAUACUUUCCCUCGGUCGAUCUAUACCUAUCGCCAGAACUUCCCACCUCCCCCAAUCCCAGUUACCAAUACUCCUCGAUGGUACAUCAAGAAGCCGCUCGGAUUCUCCUCCUUCCCUAUGGAGCUGGCUCGUCUUCCUCGCUCGUGGAUAGAGUCUACCGGAAAUUUAGUCUACUGGGGACAGCAUGACAAGGGCGGCCAUUUUGCAGCACUCGAGCAGCCCGAAGAAUUGAAGUCUGACCUGACCGAGUUUGUGCAAAAGGUGUGGCUAGGUAUCACUGGUGGUGAGUAA